UGCGCGGCGCAGGGUCCCCACCUGCUGGUAAAACCCGAUACUGCGGAAUCGGCCGAUAUAUGAACCCAUUGCCCGUGGGGAUGGUGAAUCUGGGGCAGAGAGAAUGAACAGAUUGCGAUGCUGGAGGCCGGCAUCGACGUGGGAGCAGCGGCGGUGACUGAGACACAAUCCGGCAUGACGAGAGAAACGAACAGGAGAGACCUCAAGAGCUACCGGGUUGUCUAACUUGAGUAAUACAUUGUGCUAUUAUUUACAUUGUUUUUCAUCAACUUCACGAGUUAAUACAAAACUGUUCUUAAUAAACAAAACCUAACCUUCUUAUUAAGGAACUAAUGUCAGUAGGUGAUCAAUGUAUCAGGAUGUAGAUGUCGCUGCAAGACCAGCAUUUAUUGCACAUCACUAAUUGCCCUCUGAGUUGAUCGCUCGGACAAUUCCAAGGACAUUUGAUCUUCAACCACUUUGAACGAGUUGGAUCUUAAACAAAAUAAGAGUGGAUGCGGUCAUCGUAUUUCAGACAGUUUAUUUAUUUCAAGAAUGUGAGGUGAUGAACUGUAUUUAAGGUGGGGGGGAAAUACUUCAAAUUGUGUCCCUGGUUUGUGUCAGUGGAUUCCUCGUUCGGUAACUAAAUCCGUGCCUCGUCACCGCGCCCCAACCUCCAGUUGAUGCCUCCAGUUCACCACUUCCUAUUGGAUUGCGGCCCUUGGGUUCAAGCCGGGAUUAUUCCCGUCAUGAUCUUCCACACCUCUAUAAAAUCACCCCUCAUCCCACUGCGUUCCAGGGUAUAAGGUCCUAGUCUGCCCAACCUCUCCCUCUAGUGAGGCCCUCAGGCCCAGGCAACAUCCUCAUCAAUAUAGUCUACACCCUUUCCAGUUUAUCCACAUUCUUCACACAGCAGAGUGAACAAUACUGAACAUGUUACUCCAAACUGACCAUCCUUAAUAUGAAAUGAUGCACGGUUUCUCCAAAUAUAGAUGCAUCUGAAGACUGGAGCGUGAGAGACGAGUGCACUGAUGUGGAUUAAAAUAUGUUUACUUCCAUGCUGAUCCCGGGCUGUGAACGGAGAUGCGGGCUGCGGGUUCCACUGCCCAACAGGGGCAACGCCUCCUCAGUUACACCUCCUUAGCGCCAAAUAUCCUAUAGGAUCUUUGUUUAGCGCUGGUCCCUGUUCCUUUCUGCCCUGCCUUAGACAAUCCCAGGGCAAUCUCUCCGCUUUCGUCUCACUUCAGGCCGGUUUAAUGCCUAACUGACCCCUCCCUCGUGUGAGAUUAGUUGGGAGUGGCCAGGACACUGAACACUGAACACUUGCAGCCCAAUAACAUUCAUUGCCCGGGACGGCAGCGCGCGCAGUGGAAAACACUUUGAACCAGGAAGUGGAGGUUAAAAUGGCUGCGAAAUACAUUUUCGACAGUUUCACCGAGGAGGCAGUUUGUCCCAUCUGCCUGGAUUUCUUCACCGAUCCGGUGAUACUGGAGUGCGGGCACAACUUCUGCCGCUCCUGCAUCACACAGAGUUGGGACAGGGAGGGGAGAAACUCCUGCCCGGAAUGUAGAGAGGAAUUUACAGACCGCACCCUCAGGGUGAAUCGGGCCUUGGCGAGACUGUCUGAGAAAGCUCGAACACUGAGCCUGAAUCAGACAGAGAAGGAAAAUAAACUUCACUGCGAGAAACAUCAGGAAGAACUGAAGCUGUUUUGUGAAACUGACAAGAAACUGAUCUGUGUGAUUUGUCGAGAUGGGCGGGAACACAGAGAUCACCGCUUCAUGCCGAUAGAAGAAGCUGUUGAAACCUACAAGGAUCAGGUGAAAUCUUCCUUCGAAUCUCUCACAAAAAAGAAAUCAGAGAUCGAGCAAAUGGAGCAGCAACAGAAAGAGAAGAUUUCUGUUGUUCUGGAAGAGUCACACAACCUUCAGUCACAGAUCACAUCCCAGUUUGCUGAACUGCACCAGAUUUUCACUGAGAAGGAGCGGCGUGUACUCGCAGAUAUCCGGGAAGAAGAGGAGAAAAUUCGGAACGCAAUGGAGAAAAGGCUUCAAGAGAUUCAAGCAAAUUUAAAUUCCAUCCAAAAGGAACUCUCAACGUUGCAGGAACAGAUAGAUCAAAAAGACAACGGGAUAUUUCUGAAGGUGAGGGGUUACACUACAGUUGCGAAGUGAAACUGCACACUCACAGCAUGGUGGGUGACAUUUCUGAAAUUACAUAGAAACAUAGACAAUAGGUGCAGGAGUAGGCUAUUCGGCCCUUCGAGCCUGCACCACCAUUCAAUAUGAUCAUGGCUGAUCAUCCAACUCAGUAUCCUGUACCUGCCUUCUCUCCAUACCCCCUGAUCCCUUUAGCCACAAGGGCCACAUCUAACUCCCUCUUAAAUAUAGCCAAAUGAACUGGCCUCAACUACCUUCUGUGGCAGAGAAUUACAGAGAUUCACCACUCUCUGUAUGAAAAAUGUUUUCCUCAUCUCGGUCCUAAAAGAUUUCCCCCUUAUCCUUAAACUGUGACCCCUUGUUCUGGACUUCCCCAACAUCGGGAACAAUCUUCCUGCAUCUAGCCUGUCCAACCCCUUAAGAAUUUUGUACGUUUCUGUAAGUUCCCCCACUCAAUCUUCUAAAAUCUAGCGAGUACAAACCGAGUCUAUCCAGUCUUUCUUCAUAUGAAAGUCCUGCCAUCCCAGGAAUCAGUCUGGUGAACCUUCUCUGUACUUCCUCUAUGGCAAGAAUGUCUUUCCUCAGAUUAGGAGACCAAAACUGUAUGCAAUACUCCAGGUGUGGUCUCACUAAGACCCUGUACAACUGCAGUAGAACCUCCCUGCUCAUAUACUCAAAUCCUUUUGCUAUGAAUGCUAACAUACCAUUCGCCUUCUUCACUGCCUGCUGCACCUGCACGCCUACUUUUAAUGACUGGUGUACCAUGACACCUAAGUCUCGUUGCAUCUCCCCCUUUCCUAAUCGGCCACCAUUCAGAUUAGAGUCUACUUUCCUGUUUUUGCCACCAAAGUGGAUAACCUCACAUUUAUCCACAUUAUACUGCAUCUGCCAUGCAUUUUCCCACUCACCCAGCCUAUCCAAGUCACUUUGCAGCCUCCUAGCAUCUUCCACACAGCUAACACUGCCCCCCAGCUUCGUGUCAUCCGCAAACUUGGAGAUGUUGCAUUCAAUUCCCUCGUCCAAAUCAUGAAUAUAUAUCGUAAAUAGCUGGGGUCCCAGCACUGAGCCUUGCGGUACCCCACUAGUCACUGCCUGCCAUUGUGAAAAGGACCCGUUUACUUCUACUCUUUGCUUCCUGUCUGCCAGCCAGUUCUCUAUC